UAUCGAAGGAACCUGAGGUUCAGAAAAUCUCUCCCUCUCUCAUCUCUGCCCCCACACAGCUUCCUCCUCCUCCUCCUCCUCCUCCUCCUCCCUCGGAGAAGAUGCAUCUCCUCCAGAUUCCGCCCAAUUUCCCUCUCCCUAGAUCAAGAAUCCCUAUAAUGGAAGGAUUUCUUGCUCCAAAAGCCCCGUGUCUUUUUCCCACGAGCACACAGUUUGCUACAACCCGAGCUCGGUUGUCUAACGCACAGCGACGGCAGGUUCUGAGGUCCAUUCUCACAAGAGCUACCCCAGCAGGAACUGGUGCCUCAGUAGUAUCUGCAGACAUGGCCAAGAAAGAUGUACUCAAAGCCUUGUCCCAAAUCAUCGAUCCAGAUUUUGGGACAGACAUUGUUUCGUGUGGUUUUGUAAAGGAUUUGACUAUUGAUGAAACAUUGAAAGAGGUUUCAUUCAGGUUGGAGCUCACAACACCUGCAUGCCCAAUCAAGGACAUGUUUGAACAGAAGGCCAACGAGGUUGUUGCAGCACUACCCUGGGUUAAAAAAGUCAAUGUGACAAUGUCAGCACAACCAGCGAAACCAGUUUUUGCAGGGGAACUUCCCAAGGGAUUACAGAGUAUUUCAAAUAUUAUAGCUGUUUCAAGUUGCAAGGGAGGUGUUGGGAAGUCUACCAUAGCUGUAAACCUUGGUUAUACACUAGCUGGUAUGGGAGCUAGGGUUGGCAUAUUCGAUGCUGAUGUUUAUGGCCCAAGUUUGCCAACAAUGGUUUCCCCUGAAAAUCGCUUGUUAGAAAUGAACCCAGAAUCAAGAACCAUACUUCCAACUGAGUAUCUGGGUGUCAAGUUGGUAUCUUUUGGAUUUGCUGGACAAGGUCGUGCAAUAAUGCGGGGUCCAAUGGUUUCAGGAGUCAUCAAUCAGCUACUCACUACGGCUGAGUGGGGAGAGCUAGACUACCUUCUUAUUGAUAUGCCUCCUGGAACUGGUGAUAUUCAGCUCACACUAUGCCAGGUUGCUCCCCUAACUGCAUCUGUGAUAGUUACGACCCCUCAGAAACUAGCAUUCAUUGAUGUUGCAAAAGGAGUUCGCAUGUUUUCAACGCUUAAGGUCCCAUGUGUUGCGGUAGUUGAGAACAUGUGCUACUUUGAUGCUGAUGGAAAACGCUACUACCCUUUUGGUAAAGGUUCCGGUGCUCAGGUUGUCCAGCAAUUUGGAAUACCACAUCUCUUUGAUCUUCCCAUCAGAUCAACUCUAUCAGCUUCUGGAGAUAGUGGAAUGCCUGAAGUGGUAGCUGAUCCUCAAGGUGAAGUAGCCAAGAUAUUCCAAGAUCUUGGAGUAUGUGUUGUCCAGCAAUGUGCCAAAAUUCGCCAACAAGUUUCAACAGCAGUAUCUUAUGAUAAAUCUAUCAGAGCUAUCAGAGUGAAAGUGCCCGAUUCAGAUGAUGAAUUUUUACUGCAUCCAGCAACAGUUAGACGGAAUGACCGCUCUGCCCAAAGUGUGGAUGAAUGGACUGGAGAGCAAAAGAUACAACAUGGUGAUGUCCCAGAAGAUAUUGAGCCUGAAGAUAUCCGGCCAAUGGGAAAUUAUGCAGUCUCAAUAACAUGGCCUGAUGGGUUUAACCAGAUAGCACCUUAUGAUCAGUUGGAAACUUUGGAGCGGCUAGUUGAUGUUCCAGAACCAACGGUUGCAAAAGUAAAUGCUUCUUGAUUUACUGUAUCAAAUCUUCGUAGAGGUGUGUAAACAUGUGAAAGAAGAAGAUGAACAUCCUAAAGAAUGUUCAGGUAAACAUAAUUGUUUGGCUCCGAAUGGAAUUUAUGGUAAAAGGUUGCAGAUUAGUGACUGUUGGAGCAAAAUGAAAGGUCACUGUUCUAAUGUGUAAUAGACAGAUUUUUCGAGGAAAAAGAAACUCAGGCUGUUUUUUCUAAGGUAAUAUCUUAAUAUAUAGAAUGAAAUUUUUAUGGUGA